UUCCGCUCUGAACAACGCUCUGUGCAUAAUCAACGACUAAAGUUUGGGAAGGACCAGUAUUCUGUAUUACUGGUUUGUCAUGCCUACCAUCUGACCAUGGCAUGCCUUGCCAUGUAGCAUUUAUGGUCGUCUCCUAUAACUUUCAUGUCUACUGGAUGCUAUAGGUGUUUCAGCUGCUGAAGCCAUAUUCGUCUAUUUUGAAAGUGUUCUAAAAAUUCAAUUUCCGACUUUAGAAAUUUAAUCAGAUAUUGAACCUUGGGUGUCCCUGCUCGAUAAUCAAUUCUUGUUCCUCGCGACUUCCUUUCCACAGUAAGAAUGUGUGUUCAAUUUCGUAUUUUGUCAAUCUUAUAUGUUAUUUUUUACUGGAUAGAAAAAACGAACUUGACUAUGACUACCCAAAUUGUCACACAGUGGGUGAAACGGUGAGCAUGUGAUGCCUUCCAUCAUAGUUAAGUCUAACUCUUUAACCAGUAGGCUAGGCCACUGCUCCCACGUUUUAUCAAUAAACUCUCAUGAUUCUCAAUGCUUUACAUCUGAAAUCCACCGUACUUACUCUUAUUACAGAGGAAAUGAGAUUGUUUCUAAAAAUGAUCGCAAUAAUUCUGCAUCAACAAAAAGUAUAUCCCGAUUUAGACCAGGAAGAGGAGGAUUUGGAGGUGUGAAAUUGAAAGCACCAAUGUCAGGUGUUCGAUACACUGCAAAGCCGAUUGUUCCUGCUGAAAAAGCAGAGUUGAUUUCAGUAGCUAAAGCUAUGCAUCGAGAAAAUUUUGGAAAACGUGUUCAAGAAACAUUUAGUCCUGAGGUAGCUGCUGCUGUACGAGCUGUGGAAACAGGGCAUUAUGUUGGAUGGAGAUGCCCAGAGUGCACUUGGGACUGUAUCAGAGUUGGAGAAGAAUCUAAAUGCUUUUGUGGUCAUUUGUUGAAUCAACACAGAUAUUUUAAUGGAACAAAAUCCCAAGUAUCUUGUGCUAUUCAUGAUUGUCGCUGCAGAAGUUUUGAAUUUGUUCCAUCAAGACCAGAAGAUGUUGGUGAAUUCUGGCUUAAAAAAAGACCAGGAUAUGAUCCUAGCACUUGGACAGCGAAAUGCAGAUGUAAGCAUUCUCAUACUAAUCACUCACCAAUUGGAGUUCGAAGAUGUCAGUUUAAGGGUUGCAGAUGUCAUCAGUUUGAAUCUAACUUUCUCUGUGCUGCUUGUGAUAGACAUUGGGAAGAUCAUCAAACUUUCUUUGAAACUGAAGAUAUAAGAGUUGCAAAUGGGCUGCCAAUUGGCGAAGCUUAUAUACCGUUUGCCGAAUUAUCUGAACUACGUGAUAUGGCUCUAACUGGAGAUGCGAAGAACAGUAAAUCAUAUUUAGCAAUAAAGGAAACUCAAAGUCCAUUUGCAUUGCAACAAAACUUCAAUGAUCUCUCUCUUCAAACAACCUCGCCAACUCAUAGUAAUAGCGGAAGAAUUACAAACGAAACACCAGUACAUUUUGGUUAUCAGCGGCCAAAGGGAUCUCCUUUUGACUAAGCCGAGUAUGAUAAGAUAUUGUGGAACAUUAAUAUUGUUUAGUGGUGCUACCAAUUUUGGAGUGAACUCGAGAAUCAUUGCAAUUCUUCAAUGUGAUAAAGUCAUGACAUCCUUGAUAAUCGAUGUGCUACUGACUUAUCUUCUUCGGAUUGUAAAAAAGAAUUGGGUUGUUAUUUAUCAACAAUCAGGUCUUUGAGACAUGAUAGCUCAUUGACCCAAGUAACACAUAUUCAUUUUACCACUUGUCUUACUGUACUUGAGUAAAAACUUGUAAUAUCUAUUGUUGCUUUCUUUUGUUCAAUAUAUAUAUACAUAUACUUCAUAUGUCUUGUAUUUUAAUUUAUUUUUUACUGAAUGUAAUUCAUAUAAUAUUUUAAACACUGUAAUUACACAUAUAGAUUAUUUGCACUGUGGCAUAUGUUCUUUUUUAUUCGUCUCACUGCAUUGCACUUGUAUAUUUUUCUUUUGUUUUACUGUGUGGAACAGGCAUCUGCCACUUCUGUCUCGCGUAUACUUUGUAACCAUGUACAGAAAUAUAUAUAUUUUUUUAGUUUGUAAUGUUCUCUCGUUUAGUUUGUAACAUUACCUCGUUUUCGCGUUUUUGAACUAUAUAUUCGUUAGUUUUCUGUUGUGUUUCGGAAACUUAAAUAUAAAUCAGAUAAUCCAAUUA